AUGCAGAUAAUAUACCCCAGGUCCCAAACUACUCUCGUUCAGUUUGGUUUGAAUGAAGAGACGUUUACUGUGCCUGAGUUGGAAAUACCAACUCAAAUUUAUCGGAGCAAAAAACAGGAUGGCUCCGACGCAUAUCAUUCAAGCAACAAGGAUAAUACGGCCGAGUUAGUCAAUCCAAUCCAAAAUGGCAGAAUAAUAGAUAUAAAUGCUUUCACACAAUUUUUAAGACUAAUAUACGUAUCUAUUUUGUCUGAUAGAGCUAGUAAAAAUCAAGAUGCUUUUGAAGCUGAGCUAUCCAAUAUUCCUCUCCUACUGAUCACGCACCAUUCUUGGUCACAAUCUGAUCUAGAGAGGAUUACUCAAUACGUAUUUGAAAGUCUUGAGAUAAACAACCUGAUUCAAUUGCCUGCGUCUUUGGCGGCUACUUAUUCCAUGAUUUCGUUACAGAAUUGUUGUAUUAUUGAUGUUGGAACGUAUCAUACCGAUAUUAUUCCUAUUGUUGAUUAUGCGCAAUUAGAUCAUCUUGUUUCUUCAAUACCAAUUGGUGGUCAGUCUAUUAAUGAUUCUUUAAAAAAGUUACUGCCUCAAUGGGAUGAUGAUCAGAUAGAAUCACUGAAAAAGUCACCUAUUUUUGAGGUGCUGAGUGACGAUGCUAAAAAAUUAUCAAGUUUCGAUUUUGGAAACGAAAAUGAGGAUGAAGAUGAAGGAACUCUGAACGUUGCCGAGAUUAUCACGAGUGGACGUGAUACACGUGAAGUUUUAGAGGAAAGAGAACGUGGGCAAAAAGUCAGAAAUGUUAAAAAUAGCGAUUUGGAGUUCAAUACUUUUUGGGAUGAGAAGGGCAACGAAAUUAAAGUUGGCAAGCAAAGAUUUCAAGGCUGCAAUAACUUGAUUAAGAAUAUUUCUAAUCGUGUGGGGUUGACCUUAGAUAAUAUAGAUGACAUAAACAAAGCUAAAGCAGUUUGGGAGAACAUUAUUAUUGUCGGUGGCACGACGUCAAUUUCAGGGUUUAAAGAAGCUUUGUUGGGCCAAUUGUUGAAAGACCAUUUAAUUGUUGAGCCGGAGGAAGAAAAGUUAAAAAGAGAGGAGGAAGCUAAGUCUGUAUUACCUGCUGCAACAAAAAAGAAAAGCAAGUUCAUGACAAAUAACACUGCAUUUGUGCCAAGUAUAGAAUACGUACAGUGCCCUACGAUAAUUAAACUUGCCAAAUAUCCGGACUACUUUCCUGAGUGGAAGAAAAGUGGAUAUUCCGAGAUUAUAUUCUUAGGUGCUCAAAUUGUUUCCAAGCAAAUCUUCACUCAUCCAAAGGAUACGUUUUAUAUUACAAGAGAAAAAUACAAUAUGAAAGGUCCAGCUGCACUUUGGGACGUGCAGUUUUAG